ACUCUCAGCAAGACCAUGGAGUCUCCUAAUCACACCAACAUGAGUCCGUCUGUCUUCUUUCUUCUGGGCAUUCCGGGUCCGGGACAAUUCCACCCAUGGCUCUCCCUCCCUGUGUGCUGCCUGGGUACAGCCACAGUUGUGGGCAACCUAACCAUCGUGGUUGUUGUUGCUACUGAACCUGCCCUGCACAAGCCUGUGUACCUUUUCCUAUGCAUGCUCUCGACCAUCGAUUUGGCUGCGUCCGUAUCGACAGUGCCCAAGCUACUGGCCAUCCGCUGGUGUGGAGCUGGACAUAUCUCUGCUUCCACGUGCCUGGCACAGAUGUUCUUCAUUCACGCCUUCUGCAUGAUGGAGUCCACCGUGCUGUUAGCCAUGGCCUUUGAUCGCUACGUGGCCGUUUGCCACCCACUGCGAUACGCCACUGUCCUCUCUGACGCCAUCAUUGCCCGCAUCGGGGUGGUAGCGAUGGAGCGAGGCUCCCUGCUGAUGCUCCCGUGUCCAUUCCUCAUUGGGCGUUUGAGCGUCUGUCAAAGCCAUGGGAUCCCACACACGUACUGUGAGCACGUGGCAGUGGUGAAACUGGCCGGUGGGGACACUAGGCCUAACCGCGUGUGUGGGCCGAGGGCGGCACUGCUGGUCAUUGGGGUCGACUUGUUCUGCAUUCGUCUGUCCUACGCCCUCAUUGCUCAAGCUGUCCUUCGUCUCUCAUCCCGUGAAGCUCUGUCCAAGGCUUUAGGGACGUGUGGCUCCCAUGUCUGUGUCAUCCUCAUCCCUUACACACCAGCUCUCUUCUCUUUUUUCACAGGCUGCUUUGGCCACCAUGUUCCACUCCAUAUUCAUAUUCUUUUGGCCAAUGUGUAUCUUCUCUUCCCACCUGCUCUGAAUCCUGUGGUUUACGGAGUUAAGACCAAGGAGACUCGAGAAAGGGUUGUGAGGGUGUUCCAGAGGAAACAAGGAUCCGGGCCAAAGGCAUUUGAGUGA